AUGGCCGCCUGCGUAGAGCCCGCCGUCGCCGUCCGCAACCACGCCGCCGCUGGGAUGGCUGGCCUCAAGAGGAGGCGCAUCGCCGUCGGCACCGCGGAGCAGUACGAGGACAUCAGCCGCCUCGGCGAGGGGGCCUUCGGCGCGGUCGUCAAGGCUCGCCACCGCGCCACGGGCCGGGUCGUCGCCAUCAAGCGCGUCGGCGAGGCCCAGGGCGAGCACGCCGCGCUGCUGCGCGAGGCGCGCUUCCUUGAGGAUGCGUGCGGCGGCGGCGCCAACCCGUUCGUCGUCGGCUUCCACGGUGUCGUCCGCCGCCCGGAUGCCUUCGACCUCAGCCUCGUCAUGGAGUGCGUGGGCCCCAGCCUCCACGACCUCCUCCGCCAGCGCGGCCGCGGGAGCCCGCCGCUGCCCGAGUCCACGGUGCGCUCCGCCAUGUGGCAGCUGCUCACGGGCACCAAGAAGAUGCACGACGGCCACAUCGUGCACCGCGACAUCAAGCCGGCCAACAUCCUCGUCGGCGACGAUCACCGCAUCGUCAAGCUCUGCGACUUUGGUCUCGCCAUGUCCACCGACGAGCGGCCGCCGUACACGCAGGCCGGCACGCUGUGGUACAUGGCGCCGGAGAUGCUGCUGGAGAAGCCCGACUACGACGAGCGCGUCGACAUCUGGUCCCUCGGUUGCGUCAUGGCGGAGCUCAUCAACAACGGGAGGCCUCUGUUCCAGGGCUUCCACGGUGAAGGACAGCUCUGCGCCAUCUUCGACGUGCUGGGCACCCCUGACGACGGCACAUGGCCGUGGUUCUCAUCCACGGCGUUCGCCACCGUGGUGAUGCCGGAGCUGGACAUGCAGCGGGAAAACAACCUGCGUGAGCUGUUCCCUGAAUCAAAGCUGUCCAAGGAAGGAUUCGAGGUCCUCAGCGGCCUCCUCACGUGCAACCCGGAGAAGAGGCUCACGGCAGCCGCGGCGCUCAAACACCCAUGGUUCGACAAGAUCGACGUGCUGGAGCUGCCAAAGAAAGAAGAGUUGCCAUCGCCGAUGCCCUUGCAGCCCAAGAGACGGAGGAUACAUGCUGUGUGACUGACUUAGAUUUCUUUUGGUCGUUGUACGCAUGUGUAA